CGGAUUGCUUUUUACAGUACAGGAAUAAACGGGUUUUCGGUAGAAAUCGGUAAGAAAUUCUUAGAUCAAAGGAUGCCAGCAGUGAAUUUUAAAUCUAUCGAAAGCUUCAGCUCUGAAGAUCCGAACUUUCCGGCGACGAACCUGCUGAAGCCGGACAACAGAAAGUGGAAGUGCCGGGAAGCGGGAGAAAAGUGUGCGUUCGUUGUGAUCAGCCUAGACGAACCGGCCCAGCUCUGUGGCAUCGACAUCGGUAAUGAGCAUUCCGCAUUCAUCGAAGUGCUCGUGGCGCGCAGUGGUCCAAGCGUUCCGACCUUCAACGAACUGCUUCUGGCAACGAAAUUCAUGAACACAGUAGAAAGCCGCAAUUCGUCCUCGACCAAUCGGGUACAGUGCUUCACCGGAUCCAGCCUGCUCCCGACGGUAGCACAAGGCAAGUGGGACUUGGUGAAGGUUCUCUGCACACAACCGUUCAAUUCCCGCGUCAAGUAUGGCCUCACCUUUGUUACGCUGCACACCAGUGGCAAUGGCGAAAAGGGGGAGAAAAGCCUUGUCCCGGAAAAAUUCCAGCAAAAAAUUAGAGAAGAAUCCGGCAGCUCGAAAGGAUUGACCACAUUUGGGCGGUUUAAGUUGCGCGAAGAAUCACCCGACUCCGAUGAUGGUUCCAAAAACAUAUUUGCACGCUGGAAACAGAGAAGUGAAAUGGGCUCUUCCUCGACGACCGCAACAAACUCAGUGGCCGCAAUGCUGCGCGAUGCUAAAACACACGAAGCGAUGAAAAAGGACACCUCCUCGUUGGGACUGCCCAUCCGAUCGGUGGCUACUAUCCGGCCGAAACCCCAAAAGUUUGAUAGCAGCAGUGACGAUGAGGACAAGGGUAAUUCGAGUAACUCGAAAGUAAACAAACACAAUCGAAACGAUGCAUCCUUGCUGUAUGAUCCGGAAGAUAGUGAACCAAUGGAAAGCUUAGUAAAACAUCGAAUUCCGCAGCGCACCGUGCAGCAACCGGAUGUCAAUGCACGACCGCUUCAGAAAGGAGCCCAGGCAGACCAAAAGCCCUCAAAGUUGCACGAUGUGUCCUGCUCAAAGUUUAAAGAAUUCCUUGACAUCACAGGUCAAUCGAUGGAGCGCGAAUCGAAAAGACUCUCGAGCGUCAGCGAAUCGUUGCAACCAAAACUGGAAGUACGCGGUGCAAGUCCACGCAAUUCUUUUCCCAGCAAUGCUGGAAGAAAAUCAACCGAAAAUUCUGUUGCUACAACGUCCGCUUACGCUUACAACCGCAUGUCUCCGUUGCCCAUUGUUAGGCAGAGUGCUUCCGAAAAACGACCUCCAUCGCUCUCUGGCAAUGGGAAACAAACUUCACCACCUUCUAGCAAAAAAACCAAAUACGUUGCCAGGGAGACAAACCCGACCAGGGAGGAGAGUAAACGAGUAACCUACAAACCUUUCUAUAAGCUUCUCGAGGAUGUAGUCUUGGUUAUUAGCGGAAUACAGAAUCCAGACCGUGGAACCAUUCGAAGCCAAGCGUUGGCAAUGGGCGCAAAGUACAGACCGGAUUGGGAUUCGUCGUGUACGCACCUUAUCUGUGCCUAUAAAAACACUCCGAAGUACAAUCAGGUGCAAGGACAAGGAAAAAUUGUCAAAAAAGAAUGGAUCGAAAAGUGUUACUCCUCACGGCGCAAGCUUUCGUGGCGUAAAUUUGCUCUAGAUACGGCACAGGCCCAAAUGUCCGAUUCGGAAGAUGAGAUUGUGGACAUCACAUUGCGCCCACCUGAAGCGACAGCCCGCGAAGAUCGUAAUCACAGUCCCACCGAGGAACCGAUGGUACUGAGCGACUCGGAACCGAUGGUACUAAGCGACUCGGAACCUGAGCUCGAUGGGCAUGCAGAUGUGAAGGAACGAAAGAAAGAUGAUAAGCCCACAACUUGCCCCAUUCCGUAUGAAAUAAGCACCGAGGAAGAAAUGGGUUCAAACCACGAAGAUUCCAGGAAUGAUUUAGAUUUCUUCAACGGCAAAACGUUUUUCUUGGACAACGAUGUAGGGGCCGUGGAUACUAUGAAGCUGAAAAAGUACAUUCAGUCUUACAAAGGAGUUAUUUCAAACACCCCAAACAACGUGGAGUACAUAAUUUCCCGCAGAAAACGACCACUGCCGGCUACGAGUGGAGCACAGCUAGUGAAACCUCUGUGGAUAUUCGAAUGCAACGAAAUGGAAUGCCUCAUACCGGUCAACCGCUACUUACUGUAACUUCGCUGAUCGCAUCGUUGCUGGCCGAAAGUGUUAACGUUCUUGUUAAUUGUUACGCUAUGGUUUUAUUCCGAUUACAAAAUACAAUCA